AUGGACAUCCUCCAUGAGCUGGAUGAGAGAGGUCCUCCUCCUUACAGGAAUGUGGACAUCACAGAAGACCAGGCCAGAGAGGCGAUACUCCGGUAUCUGUCUGCCAAAUGCUGCUGUCACCCGCCCAGAGCUGAGGAACUGGUCAUUACCAGGUUAACCCAGAUGCCGCUGUACCGAUACAGGCUGGAGAGCUUCACAGAGACCAGACAGCAUGAGAAAACCAGCAAACCGUAUACCGGCCAAAGACUUGACAAGCCUAACAGGGGAGCAGAGCCACAGCUGUGGAACAUCCCAGUCCAGACACCAAAAAUGUUCCAGGAGGGAUCAGAGAGAAUUCCUCUUCCCAAUUCUUCCGAGCUGAAGGUGUGCCAAAAGUGUCAGGGACGAGGACGCUGUAAGUGUUCCAGGUGUGGAGGCUCGGGACAGUUUAGAUGCCGCUGCUCCAGUGGAAGCCGACAGCGGUCCAGGAACAAGAGGUGCCCCGGGUGUGCUGGUAGCGGCAGGAAGAGAUGCAGCAAGUGUUCCGGACGUGGCAAAAAAGUCUGUCCUGUUUGCAAAGGCGAGAGAAGACUCGUCCACUACCUGCAGCUCUCCAUCACAUGGAGGACUCUGCAUUCGGAAUACAUCUGCACUUCUCCAGUUCCUGAGCUUAAUUUUCCCACCAGUCUCCUACGGAAGGUGACCGGGGAGGUGAUUGUGAAGGACAGCGAUGUGACGGUUUGCCCGUUACCUGGCUUUCCGGAUCCUUCCGAGGUUCUGACGGCAUCCCAGAGGCUGAUCCGGGAACACGGGACGAUUUGUGGCCCUACGAAUCACAUCCUGAGGCAGCAGCAGAUGGUGGAGCUGAUCCCGGUGGUGCACGUGCAGUACGAAUACAGAGGGAAGAGCCUGUCGUCUCACGUGUACGGUCGGGAACGCAGAGUGUACGCCAAGCGUCACCCGCCCGCGCUCUCCUGCGGCUGCGCAGUCAUGUGA